AUGUUUCCAGCAGGGAACGAGCCAAGUGAGCACCUGCCUGGAGGAGGUUUGGGUGGUAUUGGUAAUGGACUUGAAGAUCGUCUUCGAGGUCUCAUUCUCAAUAAUGCCAAUGUCAUCACGAAAAAUGAAAUCAUCAAUAUGCAUCCACCUCCGGCAAACAAUACGGCUAAUCUCCAUCUCCCGCCGCAUAUGCUCACAGCUAGCCCGUCAGAGCAACAGGAAUAUCUCUCCAACAUGGCUUCCAAGGCUGCCGAGUCAUUACAAACCGUUCCCGCCAACACUGCUCCAUUGUCCCCACAACCUGGAAAGAAGAGGAUGAAUUCAAGCUCAAAGACGGGCAGAUGA